AUGAACGGCGGCGCUAGUGACGGUAUUGCUAAAGUUAAAAUCCUAACAUUAGGUGAAUCAGGUGUAGGAAAAUCUUCGUUGUUACUUAGAUACAAAGACGACAAAUUCGCAGGAAACUUCGUUACAACUCUUGGAGUUGAAUAUAAAUAAAAGCAGAUUCAAAUUGAAAAUAUUCCUCUUACAGUCUAAGUUUGGGAUACUGCUGGUUAAGAACGUUUUAAGACAAUAACUCCAAAUUACUACAGGUCAGUCGACGGUGCUCUUCUUGUUUUUGAUAUUUCAGAGUUAGAAACCUUCGACAAAAUCGAAUACUGGAUCUAAGAUCUACAGAAAGAUGCUGACCUCACAAAAGUAAUUAUGGUUUUAGUAGGCAAUAAGAGUGAUUUAGAAGAAAAAAGAAAAGUAGAUUUUUAGACUGCCCAAAAAAAGGCUUAGGAAUAUUAAAUAGAAUACAUAGAAACUUCAGCCAAAACCAAUUCAAAUGUUGAUCAAGUUUUUGAAAUGAUUGUUAGAAAAGUUAUAGAUAAAAAAGGCGGCAUUGAAAAAUUUAAAGCUCAAUAUUAAGAAUAAAUCGCAUAAAACCUUAACUUAAAGAAAGCUAACACUUCCAAUGGUGCUUCUGGAUCCAAUAAAAACAAAUAAAACAACAACAAUGGUGGCUGUUGUUGA